CAAACGUCAUUUCUCACUGGGCUGUCAUUGGUUUAUAUCGUCUCAUCGGUUCUCUUGCAGUGGCCAUAUUUGUUGAUGUGUCAUAUCAAAGUGACUGACUUGUUGUGCGAUCAGCUGGUAAGGCAGGGGAGGUUCAAAGUUCAUUUUUACCCCGAUUGUCUCCACAUCGAAGCACACCAUGGGGUUUUCCUUCUCGAUUUGAGUCAGAGGAGGACCUGGGUACACCUCAGUCCUGCUUCAGAUACAUAAAUGAUGGAAGGAUCAGAGGUUCAGUCCUUGACGACGGCAUCACACCAGAUGAAUCUCCUUAAUGUCAACACGUCUAAUGCAGACGAGGAGGAAGAAAUCUCUCUCAACAGUGCACAGGAGGCGGAAACCUGCAGUCAGGCAAAAGAUGAAUUGCAGCUUGACGGUGAAUCAGUCAAGACUACAGCACUUGCUGAGAUGGACACAAAGACGGAACAUGAAGCUCAAACAUGCAGUCAUGAACAUCCAGAUGUGAAAGAGGAGCCUGUUGAUACCAGAACGGUUUUAGUGGAAAGUGGGAAGCCUCCACAAAGUCCUUCAAAUGAGAGUGGUAGCACUUUGGUAGCCCCAGUACCUACUGUGGAUGUAGUAGAAAACUCUCCUUCUGUUCUUGAAGGGACAGAAGAUACCGUAUUGACUUUUGAUGCUACCAUUCCAAAUGGUAAUGAACAGCCAUCGCUCUUGGUUACAAAUUGCCCCACUGAGCCAUCACCUGCUGAGGAUAGUAGUUCAGCUGAGAGUCCAUCAUCCUCCUCUGUCCAUAGCACUUCCAAAAACUCACCCAAAGACUCAACAACAACCUCCAGUAUUUCUAAUGGACCUUCUACCCCGAUCGCUGACACCUUUAGCUCCUCACUUGCUUCCAGCCCUCAAACCAGUGCCAAAAACCUGUUUCCCUCAAAUUCUUCUGCAAGUCCUUAUGACACUGAUUGCAGCCGAAAGCUUAUUUCUCAGAUCCAGCGGUCACUGUCACAAGAGUCACUGCUAGAUGAGCUUGAGUCUGAGCUCUUGGCUUGUCAGCUGCCGCAUGGUGACGAUAGAAGUGAGCGGAAAGGAAGCUCACCUGUCAAUGGACUCCCCACGGACCAGGAGGGAUGCAUGGUAGUCUUCGAGAAGUGUGUGCAGUACAAAUAUGCACAACAGGAGAAGGCUAUUCAGAAGUUGCUUGAGGAAAACAAGAGACAUCAGGAGCUGAUCCUGGGUAUCUGUUCAGAGAAGGACAAAAUGAGAGAUGAGCUCAAAAGGAGGACAGAAACAGAAAAGCAGCGCUUUGCCACCAUUACAAAGUUGGAGGCGAAGGUGAACGAGCUGCUGAAAGAACUCAAGGAGUCGCGGGAUAAACUUGUUCACCAGGAGCAGUCAGCUAAAGCUGCUCUCCAGCAGAUGCAGAAGGAGACAGGUUACCGGAUUGAACAGGUGAAUAAGAAAUGUGAUGAGGCGAGGCAAGAGAAGGAGACCAUGGUGAUGAAAUAUGUGCGGGGUGAGAAAGAGGCCCUCGACCUGAGGCGGGAUAAAGAGAGUCUGGAGAAGAAACUGAGAGAAGCCACCAAAGAGGUGGAUCGCCAGGCCCUGCGAGGAAACCAGCUGGCUCAGGAGAAAGGGCGGCUACAGCAGCUGUAUGAAGCAAAGGAAGGGGAGGUUGGCAGGUUGAGUCGAGAUGUGGACAAACUAAAGGAGGAGAUCAACUCCCAUCUGAUCAAGGUCAAAUGGGCCCAGAACAAGUUAAAGAGUGAGGCAGAUGCGCACAAGGAAACUAAAGACAAACUGAGAGAGACCACGUCCAAGUUGGCCCAGGCGAAGGAAGAGACUGAGCAGAUCCGCAAGAACUGCCAGGACAUGAUUCGAACAUACCAGGAAUCAGAAGAACUCAGGUCCAAUGAGCUUGAUGUUAAACUUAGGGAGACGAAAGGAGAGCUGGAGAAACACAAGCAGGAACAAACAGACCAGUUAGAGCUACACCGGGUGAAAGCCAAAGAGCUGGAAGACCUGAAGAGGAGCUAUAAAGAGGCCAUGGAUGAGCUUGAUACGCUACGCACAAAGUUAAAGUGUCUGGAGGAUGAGCGUCCACGGUGGGAGGAUGAGCUGACCAAGUACAGGGAGAUCAUCAACCGGCAAAAAACGGAGAUUGGCCGCCAGAGAGAAAAGCUCGAAGAGGUGACUGCACUUCAGGAGCAGCAUCAAUGCGAUGAACAGGAAAUCAAAUCGCUUCGUGAUGAAGUGGAUGGCCUGACCAAUCAAAUGGCUGACCUGCACCGUGAUGUACAAGGCAGCAGAGAGCGUGAAGCGGAGUUACUGGGCUUCACUGAGAAGUUGAGCAGCAAGAACGCUCAGCUUCAGUCGGAGAGCAACGCACUACAGUCUCAGCUGGACCAGCUAACUAACAACUUCACCGAGCUUCAAGGAAAGCUGCAGGAGACCAACAGGCUGCUGGAAGACAAGUCACAGCAACUGAAACAGGAAGAGGCGCUGAGACGACAAGAGGUGCAGAGUCUGCAGGAGGAGCGGGCAGCACUGCAGACGGAAGUGGCCCAACUGAAAACCAGAGUAGAAGAGCUGAGGGAUGAGCUGGUGACUCAGAAAAGGAAGCAAGCUGCUAAUAUCAAAGACCUCACAAAACAGCUAACACAAGCCCGAAAAAGGCUGGAGCAAGUUGAGAAUGGAGGGUGCGAACGGGAUGCCAGCAGUAUGGGCAGUCGCUCCAGUUCCUCAGGUACUACUCCAAGAUUUGGUUCUUUGAAUGCACGUCAUGGCAGCAGCAGUGGCGUUGAAGAGCGGUCACCAGAGAGCCAGUCGGGCCCUUCGGUGGUGGUUGUGGACAGUUUCCCAGAGGUCGACAAGGCUGUGCUCGUUGAGCGUAUCGUCCGUCUGCAAAAGGCUCUAGCUCGGAAGCAGGAGAAAAUCGAAUUCAUGGAGGACCAUAUCAAGCAACUGGUGGAAGAGAUCCGCAAAAAGACCAAAAUUAUCCAGAGCUAUGUGCUGAGAGAGGAGACAGGGGCCCUCUCAUCAGAGGCAUCUGAUAUUAACAAGGCCCACCUCAGCCGGCGGGGAGGCAUCAUGGCUUCGCUUUACACCUCCCACCCGGCAGACAGCGGGCUGACCCUGGACCUGUCGCUGGAGAUUAACAGGAAGCUGCAGGCCGUGUUGGAGGACACGCUGCUGAAGAACAUUACGCUGAAGGAGAACCUGCAGACUCUCGGGGCUGAGAUCGAAAAGCUCAUAAAGCAGCAGAGGGAUCCCGAGGACGGCGUGAGGAGGAAGUGACACGUCCGCCUCACAGGCCCGAGAACUAUUUGAGGACCUCAGUUUGUUUUUGUUUUUUACACGCAUGAAGAAUGAGUUGAAUGUCUAAGUGCCAGCAGCCUGUUUCGUGAAGAAGCACUCAAACUCUGUUUCUGUCCAUUUGGGGGAAAACAAGUUAUCUAAACCUACUUGAAUGAUCUCUAUUCCAUCCAUAUUGUAAAACUCCCUCUAUUUUUUGCCUCUGACACAACGAAUCUUCCUCUGGCUCACCUCUGGAUCACCCCCC